GUGUGUAACCACCGCUGGUCCGCCUGCAGCCGAAGCAAAAGCAAAGCAAAGCCGCCGUCCCCGUCGCGUGAUAUAUAUUACGCGCGCGCGCGCGCGCGGACUCGCGGUCGCGGGCAAAGCUAAGCUAGCCACGCUCUGGGGGUCUGGGCGGCGCGCGCGAGAGAGAGCAGAGCAAGCAAGCACGGACGCGACGGGAGCUCGACGGCCGGCCUCCGUUUUGGACGGAGCUGCUGCCUUAGGAGUAGGACAUGCCCGAGGACGGCGCGUCGAUGCACAUGCUGCGGCGCGUCCUCGACGGCCUGCAGUGCCUGCACCCGCGCCGGCGGCGGCGGCACGGAGGCGCGGGGCCGCCUAAGCAGAAGGCGCGCGUCGCGGUGCGGCGGUUCGGCACCAGCAAGGCCACGACGUGCGGCGGUGAAGGUGGAGGUGGAGGCGCCAGCGCGGGCGGAGGGCGGGAGGUGACGAUCCGCGUGGCGACGUUCAACGCGGCCAUGUUCUCCAUGGCGCCCGCGGUGUCCGGCGAGGCCGCGCCGGCAGCGGCAACGGCAGCGGGGGCGGGGGCGGGCGCUGGGCUCCCCGGCAGCCCGCGGCGGCCGCCCAAGGGCAUCCUGAAGGCGCAGGCGGCGGCGAGCCUGGCGCGGUCGCCGAGCAAGGCGCGCGUGUCCAUCAACCUCCAGGACAACGAGAUCUCCCUGGAGCGGACCCGGCUGUGGCGCGGCGGCGGCGGCGGCAGCACCAAGAGGCAGCAGCAGCAGCCGGUCCCGGCGUCGUCGGCGCCGCGGCCUCGGCGGUGGAGCGUGGAGGAGGUGCUGCGCGAGGCCGGCGCCGACAUCAUCGGGCUUCAGAACGUGCGCGCCGAGGAGGAGCGCGGGAUGCGGCCGCUGUCGGAGCUGGCGGAGGGGCUGGGCAUGCGCUACGUGUUCGCCGAGAGCUGGGCGCCCGAGUACGGCAACGCCGUGCUCUCCCGCUGGCCCAUCAAGCGCUGGAAGGCGCACCGCGUCGCCGACCAAUCCGACUUCCGGAACGUGCUGCGCGCCACGAUCGAGGUGCCGGACGCCGGCGAGGUGAACUUCCACUGCACGCACCUGGACCACCUGGACGAGAGGUGGAGGAUGAAGCAGGUGGACGCCAUCAUCCGCUCCGGCGACGGCCCGCACAUCCUCGCCGGCGGCCUCAACGCGCUCGACGGCACCGACUACUCCGCCGACCGAUGGGCCGACAUCGUCAAGUACUACGAGGAGAUCGGCAAGCCGACGCCCAAGGUGGAGGUGAUGCAGUACCUCAAGGCGAAGCAGUACGUCGACGCCAAGGACUUCGCCGGAGAAUGCGAGGCGGUGGUGGUUGUGGCCAAAGGACAAAAUGUGCAAGGGACGUGCAAGUACGGCACGAGGGUGGACUACAUCCUGGCGUCGCCCAACUCCUCCUACAAGUUCGUGCCUGGAUCCUACACGGUCGUAUCCUCCAAAGGGACAUCGGAUCAUCACAUCGUUCGGGUCGACGUCGCCAUACCUCAGAUCAGAGAAACCGACGCCGAGACCGCCACGAACGGGAAACGCAGAGUAGUCAAGAUGAACAAGAAGAGCUCGAGAAAGGGGAUAUGGUGAACUAAAUGAAUGGACAGAGUAGUUUUUGGUUUUUCGAAAGUUCCUUUUGGUCGCAUUCUUUCUUUUUCUUUAGGGGUGAUGUGGUCGGUUGCUUGGAAUUGUGUAUAUUAUGGUCGUGGUUGGAGUGAGACUGAAGAAGCCUGCCUGGUUUGCAGUAGAUGCAUGCCUGCUGCAUGCGAUGUGACCAACAAGUGGAAGCAACGUAUUUUGGCUGGGUUUCACUUCUGUUAUUGGGUACCAUCUUGCGUA